GGUGAUCAUAGAGUGGCAUGGACAGGCAGAGCGGCCAGCCCCGGUCGCUCAGUGCCCCGCUUCCGGCAGCGCCACAUUGCUCCAGGAGCUGCCGCGUACGCAGUUUCCAUGGGGACUGAACAUGGCGCCGCGAGAUAAAAGGUUGUCCUCAACACCUCUGGAAGUCCUGUUCUUUCUGAAUGGGUGGUACUAUGCCACCUAUUUCCUGCUGGAGCUCCUCAUCUUCCUGUAUAAAGGUCUCUUGCUGCCAUACCCAACGGCCAACCUAGUCCUGGAUGUGGUGAUGCUGCUUCUUUAUCUUGGCAUUGAAGUAAUACGACUGUUUUUUGGUACAAAGGGAAACCUCUGCCAGCGAAAGAUGCCUCUUAGCAUUAGUGUGGCCUUGACCUUCCCAUCUGCCAUGAUGGCUUCCUAUUACCUCCUGCUGCAGACCUAUGUACUCCGUCUAGAAGCUAUCAUGAACAGCAUUUUGCUCUUCUUUUGUGGUUCAGAGCUGCUGCUUGAGAUGCUCACGUUGGCGACCUUCUCCAGUAUGGACAGGAUCUGAAGUAUAAGAAUUCCAGCUGGUAUAGCCCAUCAGGAUGACAGCCCACAUCCUCUGGUACGUCAGCCACACUUGUGAAAAGUGGUAGGUCAAGUUGGCCUGGGAAAGGUUGUGUGGUUUUUCCUUAGCACAGACAUCUGGGCAUUGAGCACCUACCUGAGGUCAGUGGCGUCAUCUUAAACCAGGAUCAUCAGCAGGAGACACGGACAUUUUAUGGUAGGGAGAGGCAAAGCUGUUGACAUCUUGGGCUUCCUAACAGCUUCCUACUGACCUCAAGUUCUCUUCCUUGGUCAUCAUGGCCAGAGCUCCUUGUGUGGAUUAUAUGGCUUGUUGGGCUUCCAGUAGGACGGAAGCCACAGCACUCUGUACAUGUACCACAUCUGUCCUGCAUGAGCAUGAAGAGCCUCAUGAUGGUGGCCUCCUAGGCUGAUUCAAAUACCCCCACCCCCCAUGCUCAGAGAUGGAGAUCCAGAACCCUUUUAGUAGUUCAUAGUAUUUUUCUAUUCUGAUCAUGAAGCAAACAGUUUUAUAAUAAACAUUAUUUUCUGAU